AUGUUGGCUACAUGACCAAAUUGUUAAAUGUCAAACUUCCUAAUCAGCAAUUUUAUUUUCGUAUUCCGAUCAUCAUACAGGUGCAUUUUUUGUUUAAUUUAAAUAUAACAAUUGGCUUAUUUAUAGAUGAACCCCAAUGACAUUCAUAUCAGCAAAACAUUAUCUUGGCUUCUGAGACAUGCUGCUGUUAAAGAGGGAUUUCCUCUUCAGAGUGAUGGAUUUAUCAAGGUAGACGAUCUUCUGAAGCACAGGCAAUUGAAGAAAGCAACAAUUGAUGAUAUCAAGAGGGUGGUUGAAUGCAAUGAUAAGAAAAGAUUCAAAUUGGUUCUCAGUGCAGAUGACGUUUAUUUGAUAAGAGCUAAUCAAGGACAUUCAAUUCAGGCUGUUAAUAAUCUGGAGCUGACACCAAUAUUGACUGCAGCUGAUGCACCUGUUGUUGUACAUGGCACGUAUUACAAAUUUUGGAAUAGCAUCAGGAAAACAGGAUUAAAUCGCAUGAAUAGGCUUCAUAUACAUUUUGCCACUGGUAUUCAUGAAAGUGUAGUCAGUGGAAUCAGGAAGGAUUGUGAAUUAUACAUUUACAUAGAUCUUGACAAGUCUUUGUUGGAUAACUUGACCUUCUAUUUGUCUUCCAAUGGGGUUGUGCUUAGCCCUGGUGAUGCGGAUGGUUUAAUUCUACCUAGGUAUUUCCUAAGAGUUGUAGAUAAAGAGACUGGGAACAUAUUGAAAUUUUGAAAAGAUGGCUGAUUCAA